UCCUAAAUGACAAUUUAUUAUUUCUUAUUUCUCUUAGUGCUCUAUCCAGUACUUCGUCCGAGAAGUCGCGAUAUUUGCGACUUCCCUGUACUCUUUUGUAUUUAUUAGGCAUGUCCCAAGUCACCCUGAAAAUAACACAAAAAAAUAAAGCCGGCCCUGUAUAAAAAUUUUUAGGUUAGAAUUAAAGAUUGAACAUCGCGGUCUUUUAACAACUUAACAAGAGCUUAGGAAAAAAAUAAUACGCGUCUCAUAUCUACCAUGUACUCUGCACCACACAAAGUUUACGUUAUGUAUCAUAACUAUAAUAAAACCUAAAUUUUUUUCCCAUUUCCUAACGUAGUUUUAAUCAUCCCUAGUUCCUAUCGUAGUUUAAUCCUUCCUAGUUUGUAACGUAGUUUUUAACCUCUCUUAGUUCCAUAUAAGUUGCUAACAUUGUGUACAUACGUUUUUAUUCGAAACUUGAGUCAGAGGAAAGUCCCAACGUAAGUAAGCUUACCACCCAAGAAACACCCAAAAACAUUUAAUAUCCACAGAUGCUUGACGCUGAGGAUGAGCCAUCAACGUCGUGAAAUUGUUUCGACAGAUUUACGACAAGAGCCACCACGACUUUAAGAAUAAGUAGGCAAAAAAGAAUGCCUGGGAGACCAUUGGGCAGAUGGUGGAGCGAAAUGCGGAGGAAUGCCAGCAACGUUUCGUGAUGCUGAGUAAUAGAUUCGUAACUGAAAAGAGGCGGGUGGCAGCAUUAAACGCCUCCAGUGCUGGAGGAGGUGUGGAAUUAUAUGACUUAUACAAAAAAAUUCUGUUCCUAUUGGGAUUCAUCAAGAGCAGACAUACGACCUCAAAUGUCCAACGGUCCUCGUGUGCUGCAAGUGCAGAAGGGCACCCACCACUCGAGAUAGAGGGACACCCCUCUCAUGACGGUGGCGAAGAGGAGGAUGCCGAUGUAGGGCAUAGCAACGUGUGGGGUGUGAUGCCCCAUAUCACAGAAGCACAACAGUCGCAAGAGCUGGCUGAAAGUAGGGAAGCGCCUUCCACCAGCAGGGAAACGCCUUCCACCAGCAUACCCCAGCAGACAGCCUUUCUACGGGCUGCAGAGACAAGGGGGAAGAAAAGAAAAGCGGCCACUUCAUUAGAAGAUGUCCUCCAAACGUCGUUGGGAACGUUGGAGGAUUACCUGAAAAAGAAAGGCGAGGAAAAAGGAAAUCUAGAAGAAGUCGACAGUGACAUAAGUUUCGGUCGCAUGAUUGGCCUGCAUUUAAAAGACAUGCCGCCAGAACAAAAAAAGAAAAAAACAAAAUAUUUUUAAAACUA